AUGCCAAGUCGACUGCAAAAGCAUAAUAAACACGACAAGCAACGACUGUCCUCCAACCCUCAUCAGGUACCCGACCUUGAUAUUCCUCCACAAGACUCUGCUCUCGACCUCGACGCCUCUGCCUCAAACAAAACUUCUUCCCUGACGACGCCCUCGCUAAAUGGUCCCUCGAGCAGUCGCCGCACACUCGCUCCUCCCACCACCACCACCACCACCACCACCACCUCCUUCUCGUCCGAAUCCCUCACCAUACGCAAUAGUAGCUUGAAUACGCGCAUCGACGAAAAACUUCAGUCGAUGCCGAGCGCUUCUCCUUCUCCCCGAGGCGCCCCUAAGAUGGUCCAGACCAUCCGCACAGUACCCAGCUUCGAAGCCGCGAGCGACACGAGCUCCGACGCUCCCUCACACACUUCCGCAUUCUCCAGUUCCGUAAAUAGCAACGCCAGCGCAGUCAGCAUGGCAUCGAAUCACCAAGAAAGGGCGCCAGGCGUCAAGUUAAAACACGACUGGCCUCACGGCGGUAACGACAACACCAUCAAACUUGACUCGGCAAGGAGGGAAGAGACGCCACCCGUCGACGAUGAGAAUGUUGCCCCCGGGGCCGACGGGCAAGGCCCAGGCUGGGAUUCGACCAUUGGCAAGGCAGGUCUGGGAAAGACAGGAAGGGUCAUCAACAAGCUCGUCAGCGACAACGAAUCCCUGAAGCGUGACAUCCAGAUCGAACGGUUACGAGCCGAGGAGGCGAAGCAGGCAGCCAAGCUGGUCGAGGACAAGAUGGAGCGCAUCAUCAGCGACUACGAGAGCCGCCUACUCGAAGCGAGCGUCACCAAGACGCUCCUCAGCCGCAAAGAGCGCCAGGUCGAGACCCUCAACGCCAAUGUCGAGUUGGAAAAAAAGCGCACGGCGGACGCCAAGGAAAAGGAGCGCCUGUGGCACGACGAAAUGGAAAAGAUGCGCUCUAGCACGACGAAGCAGGUCGAGGACGCAAACACCCACGCCGCGCUCAUGGAGGGCCGGUACAACGCCAUCAGCUCGCAUUGGAAGGACCAGGGCGACGAGGUGCAGCGCGCGCACCUGAAGCUGCGGUCCGAGAUUGCAGGCGUCGUCGAGGAGCGGCGCCGCGACGAUGAGAAGAUUGCGGCGCUGAGGGACCUGUGCGACCAGCAGGACGGCAACAUCAAGGAGCUGAGGCGGCAAAAGGAGGAGAUUCAGAACAAGUUUGACGAGUACAAGGCGCAGCAGGAGUUCUUGCUCAAGGAUAUCAAGGCCGGCGUUGCUGGGCGGGACGCCGAGCAGGAAAAAUUGCUCGAGGAGACGAGGUCGACGUUGGCGAAGCUGAAGUGGGCACUCAACGUAAAAGAAAACGUAAAGGAGCUUUUGCAAUAA